GGCGACGACGGUGCGAGCGACCAAACCUAAACCUCCCCCCUCCCGGUCGCCGCCGCUGCAGCCAUGUCCCAGAAGAAGUCGCGCGGCGGAGCCGCCGGCGCCGGCGACGACGCCGAAGACCUCUCGCGCUCACCCCUCCAGGCCGUCCUCCUCGCCGACAGCUUCACACUCAAGUUCCGCCCCAUCACGCUCGAGCGCCCCAAGGUGCUGCUUCCGCUGGUGAACGUGCCGAUGAUCGACUACACGCUGUCGUGGCUGGAGACUGCGGGGGUGGAGGAGGUCUUCGUCUUCUGCUGUGCGCACGCUCAGCAGGUCAAGGAGCAUCUAGAGGACGCCGGCUGGACUGGCCAGCCCGCGGCCCGGGAGAUGGCCGUCACCGCCGUUGAGUCGCACGAUGCCAUCAGCGCAGGCGAUGCUCUCCGCGUCAUGUACGGGCGUGGCGUUAUACAUGGUGAUUUCAUUCUCAUCAGUGGUGAUACAGUCAGCAAUAUGAGCUUAAAAGAUGCUCUCCAGGAACACAAGGACAGAAGGAAAAAGGACCCACUUGCUGUUAUGACUAUGAUUAUUAAGCAUUCAAAACCUUCAAUCCUGACGCACCAGACACGUCUGGGAAAUGAUGAAAUUGUUAUGGCGAUAGCUCCUGAGACAAAGGAGCUACUUUAUUACGAGGAUAGGGCAGAUGGCUCACACCUAUGCGUGACAAUAGAUAAGGAUAUACUGGCCAGUAAUCCUACUCUUCAGUUACAUAAUAACAUGGAGGAUUGCUAUAUUGAUAUCUGCUCUCCAGAAGUCCUUAGUCUUUUUACUGAUAACUUUGACUAUCAACAUCUCAGGCGUCAUUUCGUAAAGGGUUUACUUGUUGAUGAUAUUAUGGGGUACAAAAUCUAUACUCAUGAAAUAUGCUCAAGCUAUGCCGCAAGAAUAGAUAAUUUCAGGAGCUAUGAUGCAGUGAGCAAAGAUAUAAUACAAAGAUGGACGUAUCCUAUGGUGCCUGACGUGUUAUCCUUUGGUAACUGCCAUGAAGUAAAACUUCACCGGCAAGGAAUUUACAAGGCAUCAGAUGUAACUUUGUCGCAUUCUGCACAAAUUGGUGCGAAUUCCGUUAUUGGCAAUGCGACAAGUAUUGGGGAGCAUUGCAAGAUAUCAAAUUCGGUCAUUGGGGCAGGCUGCUGUAUUGGGAAAAAUGUUAUCAUUCACGGCUCCUAUAUAUGGGAUAAUGUCAUAAUUGAAGAUGGUUGCAAAGUGAGUAACUCAUUAGUCGGUGAUGAUGUUCAUUUAAGAGCAGGAGCUAUUGUUGAGCCUGGCUGUAUAUUGUCAUUCAAGAUUAAAGUUGGAAAGAAUGUUGUUGUUCCUGCAUAUUCAAAAGUGUCACUACUUGAGAAGCCUUCAAACGAAGAUAGCGAUGAGGAGCUUGAGUAUGCUGACACUAAUUCUGGAGUUACAGAUAGUCCACCCUUUUCCAGCAUGAGGAGUAAUGCUGGCCGCCCUGCCGUUCCUUCCAAAGAUGAUGAUUUAGGGGCAUCUGAGACUGGAACCUCUGGUGUCCUUGGUUACAUAUGGGCAAGUAGUGAUACUGGAACUCAGGAGGAUUGGAGACAAUCAAUUGCUCCAAUUCCUAAAGAAAAACUUCAAGAGAUGCAGCAUGCUGUUUCUGUUGACGAUGACAAUGGCUCAGAGGAAGACUUGAACAACCGUCAAUAUGAACAAGACCACGACGGUGAUUCUGAGAUUAGUGUGGUUGAGGAUGAUGAUUACACUAAGUUUGAGAAAGAGGUUGAAGAGACGUUCCAACGCGCACUGGAUGGCAUCCAUGAAGAUAAUUUGAUACUAGAAAUCAACGCGCUCAGAUUGUCUUAUAGCCUUCAACAUGCGGAUUGUGCUGGAGCAGUUUUCUAUUCGGUCAUGAGAAGUGCGUCAGUGGCUGCACAAUCUACUAAUGAUAAUCUUCUAAAGACAACUGCAGAUGCACUUGCCAAGUGGAAGGACCUUUUACGCAAUUACACGAAGACAGUUGAUGAGGAGAUGGAAAUACUGUUGAAGUUUGAGGAAAUGUGUCAAGAGACCACAAAAGAAUUUUGUUCACUGUUUUCAAAGAUCUUGCCCUACCUCUAUGAUAAGGAUGUAGUUAGUGAAGAUGCAAUUUUGAGAUGGGCAGAAGAAAAAGAAAAUGCCGACGAGGCUGAUAAAGUUUUUGUUAAACAGUCUGAUGCUUUUAUUCAGUGGCUUAAGGAAGCUGAGGAGGAAGACGACGACGAAGAAGAGUAGAGUUCGAGAUCAUAGUAGUUGCAUCCAUUUGAAAGCUUGGAGGAAUGCAGUGUUGUGCAAUUUGAGUGGUUUCCUGGUGAGUUUGCAACCCGGGAAGUUUUGGAAGCUUGAAUUUGUUUGUACAUUACAUAAUCACAAAAUUUUGUUCCUAACCAAUUGGAGGACAAAAGAGAGAAACAUUUUGCCCAGUAGGCAGGGGUUGAACAACUGCAGAGUGUAGAUAUGUUACAUUCGUCUCCAUGCUUGCUUUUGUUGAUGCUUCCAUUAAUUCAAGUUUAUUUUGAUGCAUUUA